UUCAAAUCUUAUUAUACACUUUAGAUUCUUCCAUUGCUUUUUAUCUUUGAAGAGUUUCAUUUCAUCAUAAUCCAAAAAGAAAAAGAACCCAAUUCAGUUUCUUUCUUUUUCUACUAAAUCAUUACUAUUUAACAUGAAGCUAUUGGCAUCAUCUUAUUCAUCAUCAUCACCGUCAUCAUCAUCAACAUUUAGCUUUGACCCAUUUUUUAGAAGCUCAAAAACUGCUUCUUUAGGGUGUCUCACAACAAUUUUUCACAGGGUUCUCUGUUCUGGUGGUCUUCCAACACACCCAUCAGAUCAAAUUAAAGAAUUUCACUCAAACUUCAUUGAAAGUGAAAAAGUUCAAAUUUUGAAGACUAAUACUUCUUCUUCUUCUUCUUCUUCUUCUUCUUCUUCUUCUUCUCCUGGAAUAGUUGCAAGGUUAAUGGGUUUGAAUUCAAUAGCAGAGAAAGAGAUAGGUGAGGUUCCAAUUCCACCAGCUUUUCAUUUGGUUGAAAAUGAAAACUUUUUGGUGUUCAGUUUUGAAAGUAAAGAAGAAUUCAAGUCCAAAGGGAGAAGAAGAAAAGAAAAGGGUUGUGUUGAGUUGAAGGUGAAAAGAGAAGAGAAAAACAAGAGAGGUUCUUCUGAUAUGUGUUGUGUGAAUGUGGGAAGUGAUGGUGAAUUUCAAUUUGAGAACAGUUUGUUUAAAGAAGUUGGAAAUGGUGGUGAGAAAGUGAAGAAGAGAAAGAAGGGGAAAACAUGUGUAGAAAAGAAAGUUGAAAGUGAAUGCUGUUCAGAAGAUUCUAGUCCUGUUUCUGUCUUUGAUUUUGAGCGUGAUGCUUCUGGAACAGAGGGAGGUCUUUGUGAUGUUGGUAUAAGUUGGAGAAGAAAAUUGUCACCGGUACUUGAAAAUGACCAGCUCUUCAUUCUACAUUCUGAUAGUAAUUUGAUGAAUGAAGAGAAUGAAGUUAAGGAAAUUGAGAACAACAUGGAUGAAGGAACAAAGAAAAAAGAGAGACAAAACCAAGAGUAUGUAGAUAUUUGGAGUAAAAUUUGCAGGCUAGUUGAAGAUGAAUUGGUUGGAUCAAAUCAAUUGCAAGAAGUAAAGAGGAAACAAAGUGAUUUUGAAAGUAUAAGUGCUGAUUUUGAAUCAGAGAUUUUAAAUCACUUGUUAGAUGAGCUUAUAGAUCAACUUGUUUGUAACCCUUUGAAAGCAUUGCAAAUUUAGAAUAUGUAAAACAAACAUAUUAAUAGGAUAAAGUAAUUUAUUUCUCUCUCUCAUUGC